AUGGUCUUGCUCCCAAAAGCACGACACGAAUGGAUCAAUCUAAGGCUACAAGAUUUCAAAUCAGUUAUGAAGUAUAACUCUGAGAUGUUCAGAAUUACUUCUAUAUUGACACUAUGUGGAGAAACGAUUAGUGAUUCUGAUAAGCUGGAAAAGACGUUCUCCACUUUUCAUGCCUCGAAUGUGCUCCUGCAGCAGCAAUAUCGAGAGAAAGGUUUCACAAAUUAUUGUGAUUUGAUUGCUCAUCUUCUUGUGGCUGAACAAAAUAAUGAUUUGUUGAUGAAAAAUCACGAGAAUCGACCUACUGGCACUGCACCACUCCCUGAAGUGAAUGAGGUGUAUGCCCACUACUCUAGGCGUGGAAAAGGUCGUGGCCCCAGUCGUGGUCAUGGUUGUGGUCGUGAUAGUGGUCGUAGUCGUGAUAAUGGUCAAGGAAGAAAUUAUUUCCCUGGCGUUAAUCAUUCUUCAAAGAAAAAUUACUACCAAAAGGGGAAAAAGAAGGAUGAGGCAUGA